GGGAAAAAAGAGUUAUUUGUAAAUUGCCAAUUGGAUAGAAAUGAGGACAAGAACCCUAAGCGUCCUCGUCAUCGUCAUCGCGCUCGAUUCCAGUGGGCACUACUUUUCUUGUUCCCGUCGCCGCCAUUUCUUGUUCUCUGGUUCUUGAUUGAUUCUUCCGCCUAUAAACAUCAAACUCUUCCUCAUCUUUUUCUCUCGUCGUUGCCUAGUUCUUCUGUGUCGAAGAAUUGAAUUUUUUUUCUCUGUUGUCUGCCAUGGUUGAGGGCGAGCUCAUACCAGGGCUUCCGGAGGAGGUCGCCCGCGAGUGCCUCAUCCGACUGCCACUCGAUGCCCUCCGCGCUGCCCAGGGCGUCUGCAGGCACUGGAAGCGCGACGUCGCCUCUCCGCCCUUCCACCGCCUCCGCAAGGCUGCCGGCCUAGCUCGACCUGUCAUCGCCCUCGUCCAGUCCGAUCCCGACCGCACCGUCUCCACCGCCGGCAAGCACUCCUUCCCUUCCCCUCUUCUUUACCGCAUGGCCCUGUUUGAACCGGUCACCGGCGUCUGGACCUCGCCCCCGAUGAUUCCCCGCCGUCCACACGGCCUCCCUCUCUUCUGCCAGAUGGCCGCCGUCGGGAGAGAGCUGGUGGUGAUCGGAGGGUGGGACCCUCGCACCUGGGCUGCGACCGACGAGAUCCACGUCUACGACCUUGUGUCCGGGGUCUGGCGCCACGGCGCGCGGAUGCCGGGCCCGCGACGGUCCUUCUUUGCCAGCGCCGCCGCUGAGGCGGAGGGGCGGUGGAUGGUGUUCGUGGCUGGCGGGCACGACGAAAGCAAGAACGCGCUGCGCUCCGCCCUGGCCUACGACGUGGCGGCGGACGCGUGGGUGCAGCUGCCGGACAUGACGCGGCCGCGCGACGAGUGCAAGGGGUUCUUCGCCGGCGGCGCCUUUCGCGUUCUCGGGGGCUACCCCACGGAGGCGCAGGGUCAGUUCUCGCGGACCGCCGAGGCAUUCGACGUGGCCGCCUGGCGGUGGGCCGCGGAACUGGAGCCUGCGCUGGAGGAGGCGGCGAGCCCGCGGAUCUGCGUGGUGGCCGAGCAAGGGAAGAUCUACAUGUGCCGGGAGGGAAGGGAAGUGGAGAUGUUUGAGGAAGGCAGCAGAGGGGGGUGGCGGCGGGUGGCGGAGCUGCCGCGGGAGGUGAGGGCGACACUGCAGAUGGUGGCGUGGGAAGGGGGGCUGAUGGUGCUGUGCUCAGGUGGCCACCGCCGGGCUCUGGUGGCGUAUGUUUUGGACAUGGACGGUGAGGAUGAGAAGGGGACGAAGACGUGGCGCGAGGUCGCCGUGCCGUGGAAGUACUCGGGCCGUGUCCAGGCUUCCUGCAGCUUUCUAGUGUAGUUAAAAAUUCACCACCAAACUGGAGUUGGAGCAAGGUUUGUUUGUUUUGCUCCUGUUACAGCUUCGUGAAGAGGAGGAAAUAUGUGAAUUUUACUUGCAUAUUAACCAAUCUUGAGUUCGGAUUUUGCUACUUUUAACUAUAUAAUACCAACACGAUUAAAUAUUAUCUCA